AUGCGAGAGAAACGUAGAGAAGCUGAGAGGGAUCACAACAAUGGUGUUGGAAAUGAUGAUGCGAGAGAUCGAGAUAGAAAGAGGAGGAGGAGAGAUGAUGAUUACAAGGAGGAGAGAGAACGUAAGGUGUCUAGCAGACGAAGCAGGGAAGAUAGUGUAGAUAAUAACAGUGUGGCGAAGAAGGCUGAUGAAAACUCUUCAGAUAAGAAAGAGAUAAGGAGCCGUGAAGAAGAUAUGGAGGAAGAACAAAGGAAAUUAGAUGAUGAAAUGGAGAAGAGAAGGAGGAGAGUUCAAGAAUGGCAGGAAAAAAGAAGAAAGAAGGAGGAAUCCGCUGGGGAGACUGAUGAACUAAAAUCAGGUAAGACAUGGACUCUAGAAGGUGAGUCUGAUGAUGAAGAAGCUGCUGCCCCUGUAGACAAUGAGAAUGAAGAAGGUGACAUGGAUGUGGAUGACAAUAUGAAACAGAAAGUUGACAUUGAAAAUCGGAAUGGAGAUGUCAUGGUUAACGGAUCACCAGAUACUGUGGCUCCUUUGCAGAAUGGUGGUGAUAUGAAAGAAGAAGAAGAGGAAAUCGAUCCUUUGGAUGCUUUCAUGAAUUCCAUGGUGAUACCAGAAGUCAAGAAGUUGGAGGUUCCUGUUCUGGAUGAUCAAAAGAAAGAUGGCAAGAAGAUUCAGAACAAUGGACAGCAACGAAAAAGAUCAAUGGGGAGGAUCAUUCCUGGUGAAGAUUCGGAUUCGGAUUAUCCUAAUGUUGAAAACGAGGACGAUGAUCCUUUGGAAGAUGAAGACGAUGAUGAGUUCAUGAAAAGAGUAAAGAAGACAAAGGUUGAAAAGUUAUCCCUUGUUGACCAUUCAAAGAUCGACUACAUCCCAUUCAGGAAAAACUUUUAUAUCGAAGUAAAGGAAAUCCAAAAAAUGUCUGUUGAAGAAGUUGCUGUUUACAGAAAACAACUUGAACUGAAAAUACACGGAAAAGACGUACCAAAACCGAUAAAAACCUGGCAUCAAACCGGACUCACAACUAAAAUCCUAGAAACAAUCAGAAAGCUGAAUUAUGACAAACCAAUGCCUAUCCAAACACAAGCUCUCCCAAUUAUAAUGAGUGGUCGCGAUUGUAUAGGCGUCGCGAAAACCGGUUCAGGUAAAACUCUAGCUUUUGUUCUUCCAAUGUUGAGACACAUAAAAGACCAACCACCUCUCAUGUCUGGAGACGGACCCAUCGGACUCAUAAUGGCACCCACACGAGAACUCGUUCAACAAAUCCACAGCGACAUAAGAAAAUUCACUAAAGUGAUGGGACUCACCUGUGUGCCGGUCUACGGAGGUUCCGGUGUUGCCCAACAAAUCAGCGAGCUGAAACGCGGAGCUGAAAUCGUGGUCUGCACACCUGGCCGAAUGAUUGACAUUUUAUGUACAAGUGCUGGAAAGAUAACAAAUCUACGUAGGGUCACGUAUUUAGUCAUGGACGAAGCUGACCGUAUGUUUGACAUGGGUUUUGAACCUCAAAUCACCCGGAUCCUUCAAAACACCCGACCCGAUCGCCAGACUGUACUUUUCUCUGCUACCUUCCCCCGCCAGGUGGAGGUUCUAGCAAGAAAAGUCUUGAACAAACCCGUUGAGAUACAGGUAGGCGGGAGGUCAGUUGUGAACAAAGACAUAAGUCAGUUAGUUGAAGUGAGACCAGAGAACGAAAGGUUCCUUAGGUUGUUGGAGCUACUCGGGGAAUGGUAUGAAAAAGGUAAGAUCUUGAUUUUCGUCCAUUCACAGGAGAAAUGCGACGCGCUGUUUCGCGAUCUGUUGAAACACGGGUACCCGUGUUUAUCGCUCCACGGGGCGAAAGAUCAAACGGAUCGAGAAUCGACGAUUUCUGAUUUCAAAAGUAACGUUUGCAAUCUGUUGAUCGCAACUAGUAUUGCUGCUAGAGGUUUGGAUGUGAAGGAGCUUGAGCUUGUGAUAAAUUAUGAUGUGCCGAAUCAUUACGAAGACUACGUGCACCGUGUGGGCCGUACCGGGCGGGCCGGGAGAAAAGGGUGUGCGGUUACGUUUUUAUCGGGUGAAGACGAACGAUACGCGCCGGAUCUCGUAAAGGCUCUGGAACUUUCCAAUCAGGUUGUUCCGGAUGAUUUGAAAGCUCUUGCGGAUGCUUUCAUGGCGAAGGUGAAUCAAGGGCUUGUUCAAGCUCAUGGGACUGGUUAUGGUGGAAGCGGGUUUAAGUUUAAUGAGGAAGAGGAUGAAGUGAGGAAGGCUGCGAAAAAAGCACAGGCGAAAGAGUAUGGAUUUGAAGAAGAUAAGUCUGAUUCGGAAGACGAUGAUGAUGGUGUUAGGAAGGCGGGAGGGGAUAUUUCUCAACAGGCGGUUCUUGCUCAGGCGGCUGCGCUUGCUGCCGCCAGUCAACAACCCCCGACAACCGGCGUUUCCCUGCCAGGUGUACUUGGUGUCGGUGUUGCAGGUGGUAAUGAUGGGGCGGCUAGGGCGGCGGCAUUGGCGGCUGCGAUGAACUUGCAGCAUAACCUGGCGAGGAUUCAGGCGGACUCUUUGCCUGAGCAUUAUGAGGCUGAGUUGGAGAUUAAUGAUUUCCCUCAGAACGCGAGGUGGAAGGUGACACAUAAGGAGACUCUGGGCCCGAUUUCUGAGUGGACUGGAGCUGCUAUUACUACUAGGGGUCAAUAUGUUCAACCUGGUAGGAUCCCAGGACCCGGGGAGAGAAAACUCUAUUUGUUUAUUGAGGGAGUAACCAACACUUUAAGCCUACGGCUUGAAGGAGGAUCCAGCUUGCACAUACAUAUUACAUAUGUUGUGAUGUGAUGUGAUGUGCAAUUGGUUUUUAGUGGCUGCCAGGUGGCGAUGACUGAGUUUCUCUUUUUGUAAUAAAAUGUUUGGUUGGGUGAAGGGGCCUUUGUUGCUUUGCUUCAUGAAUCUUGACUGACAGUGUUGUGAAGUUAGCCUAGGGUUUUUACUAAAACCUCCCCCCCCC